AUGCUCUUGGAGGUCAAUUCCCUCCAAGAAGAAGCCUUGGAUGAGUACUAUCGCUUGAGCAAGGAGAAGGUACCGUGUUGCAAUCAUGAUGAAGAGAUCGCAGCUCUAGAGAAGACCAAGGCCAAGCUCUUGGAGUUGAAUGGCAUGCAAAAUGAGUCCUUGAUGGAGUGCAUCCGCAUGAGCAAAGAGAAGAUCGUGGAGGAGAUCAAGGUGGUGCUUGUGAUUGCUGUGAUUGUGCGGGUUGCUUUGAUCAAGAUGACCAGCCUCAUUGAAUCCAUCAAGAAAGGACCAGUGAUGACCAUGACCCUGAAAUGUGAUACUGAGUUUCCAAAGGCAUUAAAGAAUAUCAUGGAGAGCAUGGGACUCAAAGGAGAAGCAGUGUACAAGGGAUUUCCUGUGAUGGAUGACGGACAAGAGUAUUGGUGGGUGCAGCUUCACCUAUACAAGGACGAAGAAGACGACCCCAAGAAAAUGGAACAUUGGAUGUUCACCAACCCUGAACUCCACACGUCCUUCUUCGAUUCUGCAAGAUGUGUUGCCUGGGCAGCUAUAAAUGAACUUGGAGAAAGACUCAAGUAUAGGCUGCACAACACCCAGAAGGACCUCAAAGAAGAAAAGGAAGAAACUGCUAACCUGAAUACUACCAUGCCGCCAAGACGUGACCCAACUCAGGAUGCACUGAAUCAGAUGAUGACAGCUCAGGCACAGCUCAUGCAGAUGAUGGCCCACAAGGACUUAGUCACCUGUGAGUGCACGGAGGCGGAAAAGAUAAGGUUCACUGCCCAUCUGUUGGAAGGACCUGCUGCUAGGUGGUGGGAGACAUAUCAAAUCACCCAUCCCAUUGAUGACCUAGACUGGGAAACGUUCAAAGAAGGUUUUUGCACUGCUCAUAUCUCCUCGGGCAUUAUGAAUCUCAAGAGAGAUGAAUUUCGCAGUCUGAGACAGGGAGGGAGAACUCUGAAGGAAUACAUGGAUGACUUCUGUGCUUUAGCAAGGUAUGCCCCAGAGGACAUUGACACUGAUGCUAAGAGGAAGGAGAAGUUCCUCAAUGGACUUAAGGGUGAACUGAAGAUUCCAUUGACUGUAGCUUACGCACCCAGUUACCAGUCCCUACUUGAUCAAGCCAUCGCCCUGGAUAAUAAUAUCAAGAAGGAGGAGAACCGCAAGAGGAAGUUUAGCAAUAGCAAGAACCACACCGAGCCGUUUCACAAGAAGCACCAUUCUUCUGAAGGCAGUGGGAGUCACAACUCACACAAGCAUAAUGGUCAUUUUAGUAAAGGGAACGGCAACAACUACAAUGGUCAUAGGCACAAUGAAGGAUUCAAGGGAGACCAUUCCAAUAGUCACCCCAAUGGUAACAAUGGUCAUCACAAUGGAAACAAUGGCCAGCACCAUCCCAAUUCAGGGGACAAUAGGGACUUGUCGAACAUCACAUGCUACAAGUGUAAGAAGACUGGACACUUUGCUAAAAGAUGCCCCGAGAAUAAGCCUGAGGAGGUUACCAAACCUAAUCCAGUCCAGAAGGGACAUGCGAACCACCUGUAUGUGGAGGAGGUGAUGAAUGAACCUAACACUGUGAUGGGUAUGUCUCCACUCAACUCGUUACAGCAUUAG